AUGACCACCUACAGUCUCAAGGGCAAGGUAGCUCUCGUCACGGGCGCUGGCUCAGGAAUCGGCCAUGCAACAGCAGAGCUGCUCCUCAAAGCAGGUUGCUCUGUGAUGCUAGCGGAUUUGAAUCUCAGGCCUGAAGCGGAAUCGACACUGAAUGCACACGCGCACUCGCUAAGUCAACCCGGAGCGCCGAGUGCAUUAUUCCAGAGAACCGAUGUCACCAACUGGGAUCAAAUUCAGAGCCUAUGGGAAAACACAAUUCAAGCAUUUGGCCGUGUCGACAUUGUUGCAAGCGUGGCGGGUGUUUACGAGCCACCCUGGAGCAGCUUUUGGAAUGCGCCAGGCAUCUCGCCUGAGUCUCGCGAUCCCGCUGAUGCGGCAGUCGGUCAGUACUCAACUAUAGCCGUGAACUAUGUGGCCCCUGUACGUUUGGCGCAGAUCGCCAUCGAUUACUGGACCCAGCACAAAGAGAUCCAGGGAAACUUUUUAGCGGUCGCCAGUCUCGCGGGUUACCUCCAUUCCAUUGAGACACCCUUAUAUAUGUCCAGCAAGGCGGGGCUCAUCAGUUUUGUGAAGUCAAUGGGUGCGCUCCGAGACAUUUGUGGAAUCAGGUUCGCCGCGUUGUGUCCAGGUGCAGUCCUUACUCCGAUCUUCGAACCCGAGUGGAACAAGAAAGUCACCGAGGACGAUGUCACUCUUUCGCCCCACGAGUGUGCCGAUGUGCUUUUGCGCGUGUUGCAAGAGCCUCAAUGGGGAAAUGGAAACAUCGUUGAGACGCAGAAAAUUGGCAGCAAGGAAUCCUUCGAGAUCGACAUUCGUGACGUUCAGAUGGAGGCUUUGUAUCCCAAGCUGUUUGGACGUCCCAGCGAGAGGGUGAUCGAGUCGAGGCGGAAUGCGGUCGCGCGGAUUCGGGAGAAGGGAAUGCGGCAAUGA